AUGUCCAACCUAGAUUUUUGCACCAUCUACACCACAACAGGGCAAAUCGAUCAGCUUUCCUAUGCACAGAAGGCUGCAGACUCUGGAGACACAUGCAUUGGGAUGAAAAGCAAGCACGGGGUGGUUUUGCUGGCAGAGAAGCCGCGGGUGUCUCCUCUUUAUAUUCUUGAAUCCGAUGAGAAAAUAAGGAAGAUUGGAAACACCAUCGGUGUGGUGUGCACCGGGAUGAGCUCUGACACAUUUUAUGUCGGCUGUGCCAUCAAGGACUAUGUGUUUCAUCAUAAGGAAAACUUCAACGAGGAUCCUACGCCUGGGAUGAUGAAAGUCUAUCUGAAUGACAUAUUCCACUAUUUUACCAGGGGCAUCAACCUCAGAGUCCUGGGGGCAAACACCCUGACAAGUGUGUACAAAGACGGCAGCUUCUCAUUGCUGCACACGGAUUGCUCUGGAAAGACACUCUCCUAUAAAGCAGCCUGCAUAGGAAAGGGGACGAGGAGAAUCAAGACCGAGCUGGAAAAGCUGGACAUUGACACCAUGACCAUCGAGGAAAUGGUGGAUGUGGGAGUGAAGGUGCUGUAUAUGGCGCACGACCCUUCCAAGGACAAGGAGUUUGACAUCGAGAUUGGCAUUGCAUCCAUGGAGACGGGAGGGGAUCUAAGAAAGCUGGAGAACCACGAGAUACGCCCACUUGUUGGCAAGUACAAGCACAUCAGUGUCGACGAAGACUAA